GCGUUUCUUUUUCUCCAUUUUCCUUGUUACUACCCAUCAAUCCAAUUCGGCAAGGACCAACCACCGCGCGCAUCAAAAGUGAAGACAUUUUGUACUAUUCGGAGGAUUGCAGACUUUUGACGACAGCACUCAGAACCGUUAUACACGAGAGUUUGUGAAGGGGGAUUGUUACACCGCUCAACCUGGUAACUGGCGGAUAGUGGGAACAGAUACAGCGACAUCUAAUAUCUGGCGGAAUGGCGUCCUCAAAACGAGCACCGUCGGUCUUGGUCACCGAUUCCCGCGAACGGCCAUCAGCUCGCAAUGGCACACAACGACCAGGAGCAAUGGGUAGCGCUGGGCGACCGAGCACCCGUCUCGUAUCAGUCGACAACAUCCUUCAGUACUCAUCAGAUAUUCCUUCCGGCCAGCCCCGAGGCCAUCCAGGCCAGCGACCAGCACGCAAUGUGCGCCGCCCAAGUGGUGUACCUACCUUCGCCUCUGCUCGAACCGGCCAGCAGGUCCCGUCCCGCACAACGAAGGUUAGCGAAAAGCUCGUACUUCUCCCUGAGGCUCCCGUCGAUGAUGAUGUCAGUGAUGAUGAGAUGGCGGCUAGGCGGGUGUCGAUACUGCGCGGCGAAGACGAGAACAGACCGCUUAAAGACGAGGAAUUAGACGUGCUGAGGAAGAGGGGCGGAAUUCGCGGCAAGAGUUAUGCGGAGCGGCUGCCUAAGAUGCAGAGAGGGGAGAAGGUUUCGAGGUUGACGGCGUAUUGUACGGCUCAGGCGUUCAAGGUGAAGGAGACGGCGGAGUUUCUGAAGACGAAACAUGAGGCCAAGACGAAGCUGUAUGAUGAUUGCUUGUACAUCGUCUAUCACUUGCCAUUGCUGCCUGGUGUGGAUGGGUAUAGGCUAAGGAGUCGACCGGUGUUGAAGACGCCAGGGACGGGAAAGACGGUGCUGGAUUUGGAGAUUGAGAGGAGUGAGAGGAGGGAUGAACAUGAGGGGUACUGGGAUGAGUACUCGUAUGGUGCGCAGGGACUGGGCGGAAGUCCUAAUACGGGGACGGUGCUGCAACAGGCGAGCAGUGCACCUGACUCGAUCGGGAGACAGGACGACCACCAAGUGGAACAGAUUACGGUGAACCCCAUCAAUCGGUUGGUUCCAGAUGCCAAGCACUUUGCGGAGAUGUUUGUCUUCUCGUACGGAGUGGUGGUGUUUUGGAACUUUACUGAGCGACAAGAAAAGGAUAUCUUGGCGGAUUUGGCAUUUUCAGAGCACGAGACAAACAUUGCGCUUGCGACGAGACCAUUGGACGAGGCCGACUUUGAGAUGGAGGAGUUCCACUUCGAGUACAGCGCUGAUGUCAAGCGGCCGCGUGUAUUCAACGACAUGAUCACGCUGCUGCCGCGUUCGGAUCACAUGGUCAAGUUGACAAUUAGCCAUGCUAUCGCUCAGAGUACCAAGCUGUGUUUCUUUGAGGAGCGCAUGUCGGAGACGAUGUCGGACGCACAGCAUGUGCCGAAGCGGUUAGCUAUGACAGGGGAGCUCAACAUGACCCGGACGGAGAUUGUGAAGAUUUUGGGGAGGUUGUUCAAGUCGAGAGUGGAUAUUAAUCUUUCAUCUAAUAUCCUCGAUGUACCCAACUUUUUCUGGGACUCGGAGCCCACGCUGCACCCGCUCUACGUGGCGAUCCGGGAGUACCUUGAAAUCGACCCACGUAUCAAAACGCUCAACGAGCGGUGCCGCGUGUUUUUGGACUUGUCCGAGAUUCUCGCUGAUAGUGUGGCCGACUCCAAGAUGAGCUACAUCACCUGGAUUAUUAUUAUUCUGAUUAUUAUCAGCAUUAUUGUGACAGUCACGGAGGUGGGGCUGAGGUUUGGAAUGUUGUCGAGAGAAAAGGGGAAACAAGGAGAUGGGGUUGUGGCUCCUAUUGUUGGGGAUCCAGAACGGGGUGGGGGGCCAGGGAACGUGAUUGGGGGCGGAAAUGGACAGAUUGAUUUACUGAAGAGGGGUCUGGCGGAAAGGAAUAUCACGCUGGAGGAUUUGAGGAUGUGGAAUAGCAUUUUGAACGAGAAGGAGAAGGAGGUUGUUUGUGGGGGGGAGAUUGUGGGGAGGACGUUUAAGGGGGUCUGAGGGGGUGUCUACAAUCGUUAUGGGUACGGAAGAUGGUACCGGGCGCCGAGGAUGGUAUUAUAUAGGAUGUUGACUGUUGUAGACCGGCACAGCGAGGCCAUGGAUGUUUAGCAUUUCCCAGCAUCGGAUAACAAAGUAAAAGCUGGUUUAGUGCCCUGUGCCCGGAGGAUACGAGCUUUCUGUUUGAACGGAAGUUAUACUGUGCAUGUUUAUCUUCGACCAUUUUGAUCCGGUCGAAGACAGAUGGCAGAGCUCAACUGAGCAGUUCUCGAUGCUGACCUUUAAAUGCGCCAGCAUUGGUUGAAGGGAAGGCAUUCCUGCCCGAUGCAUCUCCAAACACAGGGAUAUUCGUUAUACCUACCUACAAAACAAGGAUCAUAUAACACGUCGUUAACGGAAUCAGAUGAUUCACCAGUUAGGUCUUCGAAAGAAAUUUCAUAACAACCAACCCCUCCUUUC